GCUGAGUCCGUUGCGCGGUUAAUGACAGCCGGCGCGACCAGAGGAUGAAUAACCUCCUCAGGACACUCACCGAGAGCCAGGUUAAGCCCUCGCCUGACCUCAGACUCCUUCUGAGUGCUGUCAAGGACGCACGCCGCCAAAGCUUCGAUGCCAAGGUAUCAGAACCGUUUUAUGACUCCCUUGAGGGACUACUUCAUGAUCUGCGUACAGUGACCAUGGAUAAUCACGACGCAGAGGCAUUCCUUAAACCAGUUGCGAAAUCCGAUGUUCCCGACUACUACGAUGUGAUCGCAAACCCCAUGGACCUUCAAUCCAUGCUCAAGAAGGUCAAAUCAAAGCAAUACAAGUCCAAGCGCGAGUUUGCGGAUGAUCUAGAUCUGAUAUGGUCAAACUGUUUCACCUACAAUGCGACUGAGGUAUGUAUCACCGUCGUGAAAACGCGUGGUGAGGCCCACUGUGCCGCGCAGGACCACCCCCUCCGCCAGUGCGCAAUGCGCCUCAAGAAGAAAGCCGAUAGACUACUGAAGAACAUCACGGACCGCAAGGAACGAAUUGACCCUCCUUUACCUGCUGCUUUAUCCCAGCCUUCGCAUUCCGCUUCUCCCAUCCCAAUGAGACCUAACGCGACGGCACGGCCCAAGAUUAAUGGCACGACAUACACCCACAGACGAUCUCCGUCAUUGACCGCAACGCAAAGCACCAUCACCCCGAAGCAGCGCAUGGAUCUUCCCUUUGCCGAUUCCCCUGCGCUUGAGCGUACGCCACACGGUAUGGCUGCGUUCCAUUCACUCGAGUCAGAAGCCGGUCCAUCAAGCAUCCCGAAUGGAUACAGUUCAUCUGCUUCUACAAAUGAAUACGACAGCGAAGCAGACGAAACAUUAAUGUCAAUAGAUAAUGACUCGGGGGAGAAACGCAAGCUAAACGGUUCAUCUUAUCGUCCUCGUAAACGCGUACGUCUAAGCCCUGCUCCCUUUGCGCCUAUUCCCACGGCAGACGACCCAAACUCGCCUUGGUGGUCCUCUCCCACAUCCUCAUCACAAUUUGCAAGGCCCCGCAAGCGACGGAAACUCCGCCCUCAGUCCUUAGCAAAAUACAAGGACAGAGAUACUCCCGCGCCCAACACCCUCCUCAGUCUCAUGAACACGAACAUUAAAACUCUUAAACGGGUCCGACGUACCCACGCUAAGUUUGCCGCGCUCAACCUAAACACAGAAGAGGGCAUGGUUGAUGAGGUGAUAGAUGAGCGGCCGUGGCGAGCGAGAUAUGCUGGUCUUAGACAGGUGAAGGGACCAGUGGAACUAGAAGUGGGUGAGAAGAAUGCGGACGAAUGUCUGAAAUGGAUGAAUCGGAAGGUGCUAGAGCAUGAAGGAUUCCAAGGGGCGUCAAGCGCUGCACUAGAUGUGAUGGUGGGGGUGACGUCUGAGUAUUUCCUCAAUGUCGGUCGAACGCUACGAUUCAUGUGCGACAAGUAUGCGAAGAGCAUGACGCCAGAGGAAAUCAUCCUGCAUACACUCUUCGAAAGUGGAGUCACGAGAAUUCAAGAUCUUGAGCGAUACAUCAAGGACGACGUCGUCCGGCACGGUUCGCGCCUUGUUGACCUCGAGAAAAAGCUUGUUGGAGCGUAUCGCGAAGCUACACAGGUGGAAGUUCUCGAUGAUGAUGCGCUUUUCGCUGGCGAGGAUGACGAAGAGGACGAGAGUGCGUUUGUCAUGGGUGGGUUUUCUGACUCACUUGGUGACGACUUUCUCGGGUUACGGGAGCUUGGCAUUGCUGCGGAGUUGGGGCUAUCGAGUCUUACUAUCCCAAAGAAGCUACUCAAAGGGAAAUCACGGGGAGCGGCAGGGGCUGCCAUCGAAGCAAAACCCACAGAACCGCCACCGCCAUAUCCACCACCGCCUUCGCUACUUCCUAUCACGAGCAAGAAUGUUGGCGAUCAGAUCGGGUUAUUGCGUCCCUACUUUCACAUGCGGCUUGCAGCACUCGCACCUCCCGGCACCUUCCAAGGUCUCCCUUAUCUCCCACCUGUCCCUCAAUUUGGGUUACUUCCUCACCCUGGCGUUCCACCAUUACCUUAUGUACCAAGUUCAUCAGGCGAGUUCACACGGGUCAUCACGGUCCCAGACGAUGCACCCGCACCUGCGCAGGCGAAGCUUGGACCUUUGGGUCAGGUACUCAAGACAGGCGCUGCUGCAGGGGCUGUCAAGAAGAAGAACAAAGCGAAGGAGCCAGUGCUAAUUGGAACCGAUGCGCGCAUUCAAUGGGCUUGGGGUGGAGGGAAGAGAUGUUGGUGGAGCUGGAGCUGGCGGUGGUGGCACUAA